GAACUCAGCACGAUUUCUCGGCAACUGUCAUGGCGUCUCCCUUGAAGGGGGCUUGGUACCAGAGACAGUAGCUGCUGUCAGCUCUUGUGCUCGCUCUCCUGCGGUGAAGUGAAGCCUCUCCGGGCGGCUGGCUAACAUGGGGACCGUCCAUGCUAAGAGUCUGGAUCCUCUCCCGAUGCACGGCCGCGAUUUGGGCAUCAACCCCGACGACCUGAUGGAGCCUCCAGAGCCGGAGCAGGAGUCCAAGCAGGAAAUCUUGGAAAACAAAGAUGUGGUCGUCCAGCAUGUCAACAUCCAGGGGUUGGGGAGGACCAAGGAGGAUCUGCUUGGCUAUGAGAUCUCAGACGUUUUCCACGCCAAGAAUCUCAUCGACGUGAUGAAGAGAGCUCACGUCGCCAGGCUGAGGCUUCUCCGCCUGGGAAUCUUCAAAGAGGUGGAGGUUCUCAUCGACACGUCAGAAGGUAAAGACGCUCUGCCCAACGGCUUGGACGUCACCUUCGAAGUGACGGAGAUCAAGAGGCUGACGGGGAGCUACAACACGAUGGUUGGAAACAACGAAGGGAGCAUGGUCCUGGGGGUGAAGCUGCCCAACGUGUUCGGCCGAGCCGAGAAGCUCACGUUCCAGUUCUCCUACGGAACAAAGGAGACUUCCUACGGCCUGUCGUUCUUCAAGCCGCAGCCAGGAUACUUUGAACGCAACCUCACUCUGAACUUGUAUAAAGUCACGGGUCAGUUUCCCUGGAGCUCCUUAAAAGAGACCGACAGAGGCCUGUCUGCAGAAUUAAACUUUCCUCUGGGCGUGACCAACCACACGCUGAAGUGGGAAGGCGUGUGGAGGGAGCUGGGCUGCCUGGCGCGCAGCGCUUCCUUUGCAGUGCGAGAGGAAAGCGGGCACUCGCUGAAAUCGGCCCUUUCGCACACCAUGUCCAUCGAUUCAAGGAAUUCUGCUAUCUUUCCCAACAGAGGUGCCUUAUUUCGCAUCAACCAGGAACUGGCUGGAUACACCGGAGGAGACGCCAGCUUUCUGAAAGAGGAUUUUGAGCUUCAGCUGAACCGACAGCUUUUCUGGGAUUCUGUUCUGUCCGCUUCUCUGUGGGGAGGGAUGCUUUAUCCCAUCGGAGGGCAGCCUUCCUGCAUCGCUGACCGGUUCUACCUUGGGGGUCCCACCAGUGUGCGAGGAUUUGGGAUGUACAGCAUCGGGCCACAGAGUGAAGGUGACUAUCUGGGCGGGGAGGCAUACUGGGCAGGUGGGCUGCACCUCUACACACCUCUGCCGUUCAGGCCCGGCAGGGGAGGCUUCGGAGACCUUUUCAGGACGCACUUCUUUCUCAACGCGGGCAACCUGUGCAACCUCAACUACGGCGAAGGCCCCCAGGCACACCUCCAGCGGCUGGCCGAGUGCAUCCGCUGGUCGUACGGCGCGGGCAUCGUGCUGCGGCUCGGAAACAUCGCCAGACUGGAGCUGAACUACUGCAUACCGAUGGGAGUUCAGAGCGGAGACAGGAUAUGCGACGGCGUCCAGUUCGGAGCAGGGAUACGCUUCCUGUGACCGGCUCCCUUUGCGUCCCCCUCUCGACCCUCGCCCGUCUCAGAGUUUGAUGUGAAUAGGGAGGAGUUUAUUGUCAUGUUGCACCUGUAACUUGUUUGGGAGUGUGAAAAAAAACUGUAGCAUGGGCCUACCCUGUGGGGAAAUAAGCCAAACCUCCCCGCCGCCCCUUGUUUUCCAUGUAACACGAAACGGCUCCUAGAUAAGGAAGAACCAGUACCACGGGGGGGGAUAGAAAUCAUGUUUUCUGCUUUGUGAUGUGCACCUCUGGCGUUCCGCUCAGAGUCAAACCUGUAUCUGCACCGAGUCUGUUUCGUGUGGUGAGAUGAAGUCCGCAUUAUGCAAAGAUUAGAGGUUUUCUGGCAGGUUGUUGGACCCGAGGAGCACAGCGUGAUCCUGGAAAAGAUUCGCUCGUGGCACUUUGGAGCUCGUUUUUAUGAUCCAGGAGAACCUGGAGAAAACCAGCACUUAAUUUUUCACAACAACAACAAAGUAGGAAAGACACUGAAGAUGGAAGGUGGGGCUGUCACCUGAGCAGCAUCCUCCUGCAGCGCUUUUAUCCCCAGCUCUCUUUUUUUGAUGUUCAAAUGUUCUCUAAUAAAUCACAGCUCCUCCCUUGAA